AUGCUAGAAUUUACUCCUUCAACAACAUCGACUAGUGCCAGUUCCAUGCUUUCAAUGCUCAAUCUUAAUAUGGAAGCAGUGUCUCGACAGAAUUUCUUACUUGGUACAAGUCCUCCCUUAGCUGCUCUUCAUACAAUGGCUGAAAUAAAAGCUUCAGCUCUUGCACCUUAUGGUGGACCAACAACUCAUCAAUCGAUCAUGAAAACAAGCUGUAUCACCCCUGUGUCAUCGGCCACUCCUCAUGGGAUUAAUGACAUUCUUAGCCGACCGACUAUGACAUCACCACCAACUUUAGGAACAUUAGGUGCUGCACUUCCAAAGAUUAGUCUUGGUGUAGGACCUGGCAUGUAUUUUGCACCAACAAAUCCUAGUUUACAUAAAUUGGGAGAUAUACCUGGAAGACCAUCCCAUGUUUACUGGCCAACAGUUAAUUCUUUAUGGAGGGAUCGCUUAGCUGCCCCUCAAGUAUCCGCCCAAUCAUGUACUGAUAAAGAUGGGAAGAAAAAGCAUACUAGACCUACAUUCUCUGGGCAUCAAAUCUAUGUCUUAGAGAAGACCUUUGAACAAACAAAAUACCUAGCUGGACCAGAAAGAGCUAAAUUAGCAUAUGCUUUAGGAAUGUCUGAAAGUCAAGUAAAAGUAUGGUUUCAAAAUCGUCGCACAAAAUGGCGAAAGAAACAUGCUGCAGAAAUGGCCAGUGCGAAAAGAAAACAUGACUCAGAAGCUGAACAUUUUCGACAUGAAGAUUUAUCUGAUAGAGAUGAUUUUGAUACAAAAGGGCUCAAAAUGAAUAUUCUAAGGCCAAACUGUAGGCAUGAAGAUUCAUCGGAAAGCAUACUCUGACCAGAGGUUCAUUAUUUUCAUAACCACGUGAUAGAAAACAAUGCACUUUGUCCUGACACUUCCUACUUUUUAAGUGAAAAACGAAAAACAAUAAUGUAUUAAAGACUUUUCCAUUUGACUUAAGUGAUAUCGAAAUUCCUCUAAAAGAGGAUGGGACUUGAAAAAAAGAAAAAUUCAUAUUGUAUAGUCGCGAAAGACAAGAAUAGUGAAUCAAACUAUGCAAAUUAAACAAUGCUUAGAACUGAAAAAAGCAUAAUGUGCAUCGAACACUGCGUAAAA